AUGUCAUCGUACCCACAACCAUCUCGUUACCGUCAAAUCUGCCCGGACAUGGAGUCACAAAUUGUGGACAAAAUGAUGCACUGGCAGGUUACAAGGACUGAAGGCGCUAUGUACAAUGGAUCUUCACGGCUAGUGGAUGAUUUAUAUCCGUCCUUCCAGCCACCACGCUUCACAAGUAAUGACACUGCCAUUGAUGGACCAGAAUCUCAG